UAUUUUGUCAGUGCUCUUUAGGCGGUGGAACCACUCACCGGAAGUGGACUGUCAUUCCGAUUGUGUCCUUGUUAGCUAGUUAGCCGCCACAACGGGCAAGCAAAUGUGUGUUGUUUGGGAAGAUGAAUUAAACUGUACCUAAAUAGUGAAUCUGAACGACAUCUCCGUGGAGCUGCUUUAACAGCAUCAUGCUGCGUGUCGGGAGCAGAGCUGCCUGCGUGGCCUGCAGGAACCUGGUGGCCAACAACAUGGGGGUGAGAUUUCGGAUACCCUUGCAGAAGCUGCACCCUCUCUCCCGUGCUAUCCAUCACCGUUACUCUGGAAACGGCAACCCUCAGCGCCCUCCUCAUCGCACAGCAGCCCGCUAUUUCACCUCCAUGUCUCGGUUGCCCAUGCGGCCGCCGAAGCCUCACCCGGGCUCUGGGGGCCACGGGUACCAGCAGCAGCGCAACUUCUGGGUGGCUCGCCUUGCUGCUCGGUUGCUGAAGCUCAGAUAUAUUCUGCUGGGGAGUGCAGUGGGAGGAGGGUAUACAGCUAAGAAGGUCAGUGUGGAGUGUUGUGCUUUGCUUGUCAUGUGAGAUGCAGGAAAACUGUUAAACAUACUGAA